AUGGUUGGCGUAUAUCCGUAUAAUUAUUGUACCUCUUCUCCAUAAUAACCCUACCAUAUGUCAGUCUCUGAGUCUCUAUACUGACUCUCAGACUGGUCUCACAUGACUCACCUGCAACCAAGUAUAGGCGCGUCAAGACAAAAUUAAAGCGCUAUAACCUUCCCUCUCCCUAUUCACUCCGUCAACACCCCAUUUUCAGCGCUACCCUCCACUUCACUUCACACCCACCAAAACCCUCUCUUCUUUACUUUUACCUCCCAAAGCUCCUCUCUCUCUCUCUCUCUCUCUCUCUCUCUCUCUCGAUUCUGGCUCUCCCAACCAUGGAAACUUUCAGCCUACUUAAAUAUUGGAGGGGAACUGGUGGUGAUGUUUUUGGUCAUGGUGGUGGCGGUGGAUGUUCUAGAAGCCAGAAGCGCCCCACCUCCAGUACAACUGCCAUUGUUGCUGCUGUUACUAAUAAUGUGGUGGAGAGUAGUACUGAGGACGAUGAGGACAAUGACGGGCCGUUCUUUGACCUUGAGUUCGCUGUGCCAGAGGAAGAAGUCGGGGACGAUAAAAAUGAAGAGGAGGAUGAAAUAACCGACGUUGUUUCCGACGAGGACGAAGAUGGUAUGGACGAUGAUAGGGAGUUCAAAUUCACGCUUUCAUCCGGUUCAAGCAACGAGCGUACUGACCCGAACCCGGAGCUUUCGCCGUCUGAUGAUAUUUUCUUCAAGGGAAAGCUUGUGCCGAUUGAGCAAUCUUCACUGGAAUUGGACGGCUCUGAACCAUACUCGAGGCCUCAAUUUCCUGUUUUGCUGUUGAAAUCGGCGACUAAGUUUCGAGUCUUCAUGUUAGGGCUUAAGAAAUCGAAAGCUACAGCUAAAGCAGAGAAAACAGAGUCAUCCUCAGAUGACGGAUCUGCUACUGUUCCUGCAAACGCGAAGCAGCAGCAAACCAGCGAGCGAGAAAUUGUGCAUGAGGAGAAGAGUAUCAAUGACAAGCAGAGGAAACCGUUUACUGUAAAAUUCAAAGUCGAGGAGGUUCCGUUUGCGUCGCUGUUCACCAGUUCGAAAAACACUGACAAGUCACUGAAGCAAAACUCGAAUCCUGAAGAAAGCGAGUCCACCACAGACGAGAGGCUGUUCUCCAAGGAUGUAAUGCAGAAGUAUUUGAAGAAGGUGAAGCCACUUUACGUUCGCGUUUCGAGAAGGUACGGAGAGAAGCUGCGAUUCUCUGGCCAGCUGAGCUUAGGCUCCGGAGCAAAGCAAGCGCCUCCGCAGUCAGUGACUCAGAAUUCACCGACGGGGGAGAAAAGGCAGCCAGGGGCGGAGAGUACGGAAGUUCCGACAACUGAUGGGAAGAGCGAGAUCCAGAAACAGGGGAACUUGCCUGCGGGACUGAGAGUGGUGCGGAAGCAUUUGUGGAAAAGUCGAUCAGCUUCGUCGGCCGUGGCAGCGGCGCCAUCUCCGGGUGUCUCAAACAGAAGAGACGAUUCUUUGUUGCAACAGCAAGAUGGGAUCCAAGGCGCCAUUCUUCACUGCAAGAGAUCCUUCAAUGCCUCUCGAGAUUCGGAGUCAUCUUUGCUGUCAAGGUGUGUUAGCGAUCCUUCUCACAAGAAAUCGAUUGAAUUGUCAGAUGACUACUCUGAAGAAGGGAAAAACAAUCCUCUCUGAAUCUUUAUAUUUCAUAGAGAAUACUACUAGAAUUAUUAGAUAGGAAAAAGCCUAGGAAAUGAAGAACCAGUUGUGGAAUCCACCAUGUUAUGUGUAUAUUGUGUUCUAUUUUUGAUUUAGUAAGUAAUAUUUUGAGUGAA